GGCGGGCGGGGCCCGGCCGCUUGUUGUCGUCCGGUGCCGGGGGAGGCGGGCGGUCGGUCGGUCGCUGCGCGCUCGCUCGCUCGUUUGGGCCGCCCGGGGGUCGCGGGAGGUGUCGCUCAGCCGCUCGCUGCGUCCCGAGCUGCUCGGGGACAUGUCGAGGUGGGCGGGGGCCCGGCGGGCCGGCGCGAGACGGCGGACGGCGGCCGAGGCCCGCGGGCCCUCCUCGAGCUUUCCCCGGAGACGCCUCCCCUUACGGGCACCCCGAGCCUGAAGGAGCCGCCGCCUGGAGAAGGCCCCGCCGCCGCCGAGACCGGGAGGCGCCGGACACGCACACGUCGCUGCCGCUGCUGCACAGGGAAUCGCCGCCGAGCCGGCCGCGGGGACAAUGAAGCUGCUGGAGAACUCAAGUUUCGAAGCAAUAAACUCCCAGCUGACGGUGGAGACCGGAGACGCCCACAUCAUCGGCAGGAUCGAGAGCUACUCCUGCAAGAUGGCCGGGGACGACAAGCACAUGUUCAAGCAGUUCUGCCAGGAGGGGCAGCCCCACGUGCUGGAGGCGCUGUCGCCCCCGCAGACCACGGGGAUCAGCCCCAGCAGGCUGAGCAAAAGUCAGAGCGGGGACGAGGAGGGGCCCCUGAGCGACAAGUGCAGCCGCAAGACCCUCUUCUACCUGAUCGCCACGCUCAACGAGUCCUUCCGCCCCGACUACGACUUCAGCGCCGCCAAGAGCCACGAGUUCAGCCGGGAGCCCAGCCUCAACUGGGUGGUGAACGCUGUCAACUGCAGCCUCUUCUCUGCAGUCCGGGAGGAUUUCAACGCGCUGAAGCCGCACCUGUGGGAUGCUGUGGAUGAGGAGAUUUGCCUUUCCGAGUGUGACAUCUACAGCUACAACCCCGACCUGGAUUCAGACCCCUUUGGAGAAGACGGGAGCCUCUGGUCCUUCAACUACUUCUUUUACAACAAGAGGCUGAAGAGGAUUGUCUUUUUUACCUGUCGUUCCAUCAGCGGCUACGCCUACACACGCCCGGAGGCUGGAAACGAGCUGGAUAUGGAGCUCGGGGAGGAGGAGGAGGACACGGAGGGGAGCAGGGACGGCCACGACGCCGAGAGCGGCAGCAUCGAGGAGGACAGGUUGCAGGUGAUCUGCAUGUGAGAGCCCGGAGCUGCUCCCUGGUGCCUCUGGCCCUGCCUCAUCCCACCCGCGCCCACCUCCCCGCCCUGCCCCUCGCCCUGCCCGCCGUACACUGGAGUGCCCCGGAGCCUCGGAGCACCAGGAACUGAGCGCGGCCGCGGCUCCCCCCGGCCCACGUCCCCUCGGGGGCCUCUUGGACAGCCGUGGAGGGGGCUCCGAGAAGCUUUGCUGCACUUUAUCGCUGAUCUCAUUGGCUGCACUGACCUGCAAACUCCUCGUGGCUCUGAAGCCGGGCUGGACUUUUCCUCGAGCACUUUUUCUUCACUGAUUUUGUGCCUGCAGCGAGCGCCGUCCGUCCCCAGCACCGGCCCAGCGGGCAGAGCCUCCUCCCGCAGAGCUCGGUGAACUGUCCCCAGCUCCCUCCCCAAGGAAGCGUCCGUUUGUUUCAAAGAGGUUUGCUUUGCUCUUGCCCUCACGUAGUGUUUUUCUGUUUUAUUUUUUUUUCAUUUUUUUGUUUUUUAAUCCUUGCUGGGAGGUUCCAGCUUCCUGCACCCCGGUCCUGAGUGACUGCUGCCUGCAGCCGGCUCCCACGAAGCGAAAGCUGGACUGGGCCCCCUCACCCCACACCUCCGGUGGGUUUGGCUCUCUCUUUUUGGCACCACCGAUGGCUUUUAGUGGCGGCGGAGCUGGAGCGGGGCCAGAGCCCUGUGCUGGCAGAGUUUAUUUUUGUACGUGGGGCACGCGGUGGGAGCAGCACGCCGCCGCCUCCUGCUCCCACUUCUGCAGCCCCCUUUUCUCCCAGCUCCCCCCCCGUUUUGGGGGCUUCGCAGCCCACCCCCGGUGGUGUCUGGCAGGGGGAAGCCGCCUCGCCCUGCCCCAGGGGCUGAGCACAAGGGGCUGGGUUGGUGCUGGGAGCGGGGAGGUAGCACGGCCCCACCGUCCUGGUGCUGAGCGGGGCCUCGCUGGGAUUUUGGGCGCUGGUUUUUGGGCCAGAGCCCGGUCCUUCCUCCAGCACUUGGCCCCGGGGUGGGUUUGCCUUCAU